AAUAAUAAUAAGAAGAAGAAGAAGAAGAAGAAGAAGAAGAAGAAGAAGAAGAAGAAGAAGAAGAAGAAGAAGAAGAAGAAGAAGAAGAAGAAGAAGAAGAAGAAGAAGAAGAAUAAGAAGAAGAAGAAGAAGAAGAAGAAGAAGAAGAAGAAGAAGAAGAAGAAGAAGAAGAAGAAGAAGAAGAAGAAGAAGAAGAAGAAGAAGAAGAAGAAGAAGAAGAAGAAGAAGAAGAAGAAGAAGAAGAAGAAGAAGAAGAAGAAGAAGAAGAAGAAGAAGAAGAAGAAGAAGAAGAAGAAGAAGAAGAAGAAGAAGAAGAAAAAAAAGAAGAAAAAAAAAAGAAGAAAAAAAUCUAAACAAUAGAAGAAGAAGAAGAAGAAGAAGAAGAAGAAGAAGAAGAAGAAGAAGAAGAAGAAGAAGAAGAAGAAGAAGAAGAAGAAGAAGAAGAAGAAGAAGAAGAAGAAGAAGAAGAAGAACAAGAAACAGAAGAAGAAGAACAAGAAGAACAAGAACAAGAAGAACAAGAAGAAAAGAAAAAGAAAGAAGAAGAAGAAAAGAAAAAGAAAGAAGAAGAAGAAGAAGAAGAAGAAGAAGAAGAAGAAGAAGAAGAAGAAGAAGAAGAAGAAGAAGAAGAAGAAGAAAGAAAAAGAAAAAAGAGAGAAGGAAAAAAGCAAGAAAAAGGAGGAGGAGGAGGAGGAGGAGAAGGAGGAGGAGGAGCAGCAGCAACAACAACAACAACAACAACAACAAAAAGAGGAACAACAACAACAACAACAACACCAACAACAACAACAACAACAACAACAACAGCAAAGAAAAAGAAGACGAAAAGAAUAAAAAAAGAAAGAAAAGAAACACCGAUAAAGAACACAAAUACUAAGUGAAUUUUUGGGCCUAUAACGGCAGUAUUCAUUGAGCCACACUACUACUACUACUACUACUACUACUACUACUACUACUAAAGUAUUUGGGCGCGGUAACAGAAUAGAGUAGGAGAACCAGAGAUGGAAGGGAACAAGAACUAAAGGUAGUGAGCUAAAGCAGGAGGGUGUACUGCAACUCACAAGGAAGAUGAACAGAAGGAAAGUUGAUCGCUCCAUUUAUCUUUUUAACUCAAGAGAAGACUUCCCU